AUGGAUAAAUUAUAUUUGCAAUUAAAUGUGUGCACUGACAUAAUUGCAAAAGGUGUCACAUGCCACACGGCCAAGAUUGCCUGGUUAAAUGAAUUUUGUGCCGCAUUUCACACGUUUGCGAGUCAAUUUAAAAGUUAUUUGCCAGAAUUGGCGCCCAAAAAUGAACUGGAGGGCAACAUCAGAAUACACGUGGAGACGAUAUAUCUGUGCUUCACCCAGGUUAUCACAUGUAUAACACAAUUGGAGCGUACUAUCAAUAUUGAGGGCACACUUGAAGCAGGAGCUCAGCUCCUGGUCACACGAACCCAUUUUCUAGAUCGCAUUGACUGGUGUUUGAGACGUCUACAAGCAUCGGUUUAUCAGCUAGCCGAAGAGGCCAUAGCCAGCACGCCUGUGAAGCUGGAGGAUUUGUCUUUUGUGGAGCUACUGGACUUGGCACUGGAUAAACUGGAGACAUACAGCGAAAUUGUGCCCGCGCAGCCGCAAGCCGAGGAGGAGGACUCUGGUGAGAAGGAUCAACUAGUUGAUCAGGUGAAUCAUCUUAUAAAGCAUGCCUUGGCCUUUGCCAAUGUCGCACUGGAAUCCGAUAAAAAGGCGCUGACUGCUAUUUAUGAAACGGUUUUAGAGGAAAGUGGCAUAUUUGAGAAGAACUUUAAGACGCACAAUCCAAACGAGCGAAAGCUGGAAGCCCUGUCUCUACAACGCGCUCUUUAUUCGCUGGAAACCUACCUAAAUGAGGCACUAUUGCACCUGAUCUUUACCAGCAUGUUCGAUACGGAGAAAGCAUCCAUAAAAAGGCUAAGAAACGUAUUGGAAACUUGCGAAUCUUCAAGAACAGUGGAUAGACUUGUUUCGGAUUUUGAUAUUAAUGUGGAUCGCAUACAACAGAUAGGCAUAUUUGCUAUAGCAUUUACACAAGAUGUUAAAACCAAGACAAUUAUCAGAAGUUGCUUGGCCUCUUUGGAAUCUUUGGAUUCGUGCAUUGUGCCGGCAUUUCAAUUGCAAACAACGAGCUCAGCUUCAUAUCAUGCGGACAUUUUGGAGCAUCACUUCAGGGAGGAGCUGAUGGUUUUUCGUAAUGUUAUUCACGAAAUAAUUGACAGUCGAGCCCUGAUUAACAACUAUUUGGAUAUAUUAGCCGAGAGUAUUGACAAUGCUGAGAAACUCUACCCCGAGGGCUAUUUAUUGCAAGUUGCCCAAAUGGGCAAUGUGAUAUUUCAACAUUUUCAGCUUAGGGCCAAUAAUCAGGAGUUGAUAGCGGACGAGGAAGGCAAGCGCUUGCAUCAGGACUUUAUCGCCAUUUUACACGAAUGUCAGGCUGUACUUGAAAUUUCCGUUCAUGUAGAUCUAAAGCGAAUUGUAAAGCGUUUAAAGAUUUUAUAUUCGAUUUUGGCGAAAUUGCGCGAUGUCUGUGAUAAGCUAGUCUAUGAGCGAGCUAUAAGUAAGAAUGAAAAGUCUAUGACGACAUCGACGAAAUUGAGACAACAUUCAUUCGCUAAUCCCGAAAUUGGACAUACAAUUCCCAAUUGCAAUAGGACCGAUUGCUCAAAUUCAUUAAGCCAUGAAAGUGAUCUUAUUAGUUUUCAAUUAACGGAAAUUUUGCGUAUUACUUGAAAUACAAAUUCUGCCAGAUGUGUAUAUUGUGUAAGAUUUAAAUGA